UCCCGCGCGCACGCGCCCACGGCCACGGCCACGUCCCGCCGCGAGAGGGGGCGGAGCGAACGUGCGCGGCGGGCGCGCGCAGGCUCCGCGACCUAGCCUGGAGCCGCCUGCGCCGGACGGCGUCCGCGGCGGGCGGCAGCUGAGCACUGGAACACUUGGAGCACUUGGUCCCUGCGGCGCUGGAUGCCAUGAGUUGGUAAAAGUGAGCCUGUCUUUUUCAGUUGCUAACCUAUGGACUGGAAAAGUAGGAUGAAGCUUGUUAGCACCAGUGGCUCAAGUCUGGGAAGCACAGUGCUGAACUUUGUUCUGGCUGCUCAGGCUGAUUUGAUCUGAUCUUUCCCUGGUUCUGGAUAGCUGUCUUGGGGCAGAGUGUCGGGGGCACAGAGCCAUGUCUGACCUGCUGCUCCUAGGCCUGAUUGGGGGCCUGACUCUGCUGCUGCUGCUGACACUGCUGGCCUUUGCUGGGUAUUCAGGGCUGCUGGCUGGGGUGGUGGUGAGUGCUGGCUCACCCCCCAUCCGCAAUGUCACUGUGGCCUACAAGUUCCACAUGGGGCCCUACAACGAGACUGGGCGGCUUUUCACCGAGAGCUGCAGUGUCUCCCCCAAGCUCCGCUCCAUCGCCAUCUACUACGACAACCCCCACAUGGUACCCCCUGAGAAGUGCCGCUGUGCGGUGGGCAGCAUUCUGAGUGAAGGUGAGGAGUCACCCUCCCCUGAGCUCAUCCAACUCUACCAGAAAUUUGGCUUCAAGGUGUUCUCUUUCCCGGCACCCAGCCAUGUGGUGACAGCCACCUUCCCCUACACCUCUCCCCUGUCCAUCUGGCUGGCUACCCGCCGUGUCCAUCCUGCCCUGGAUGCCUACAUCAAGGAGCGGAAGCUGUGUGCCCACCCUCGGCUGGAAAUCUACCAGCAAGACCAGAUCUAUUUCAUGUGCCCCCUGGCACGGCAAGGAGACUUCUACGUGCCUGAGGUGAAGGAAACAGAGCGGAAAAGCCGGGGGCCGGUGGAGGCCAGUGACACCCAGAUGGAUGGCACAGGAGCUGAUACGACAAGUGACACAAGUUCUGUGAGCCUGGAGGUGGGUCCUGGCAGCCGGGAGACUUCAGCUGCCACACUGUCCCCUGGGGUGAGCAGCCGUGGCUGGGACGACGGUGACACCCGCAGUGAGCACAGCUAUAGCGAGUCAGGCGCCAGUGGCUCAUCCUUUGAGGAGCUGGACCUGGAAGGCGAGGGACCCCUGGGGGAGCCAAGGCUGAGCCCUGAGGCUGAACCCCUGGGGGCUUCCAAGUGGCCUCGGGAACCUAGUACUCCUGAGAAGGGUGAGGAGUAAUCCUAGGCCCACACCCUCCUGGGGUGCAUUUGCUAAGGAACUGAGCAGACUCUCCAGCCCUCUUCCUCUUUCACCUCUCAGGCCCAGGUUGGGGCCAGGGGUCUCAGAGGGACCUGAUUUCCACUGCCCCAGGCUCUAGCUAAGCCUUCUUACCGCCCUCUUGGCUCCCAGGGCCAAAGGAGCCAGGGACUGUAUUCUGCACCCAGACCCCGGGGCUACCGCCCCUCUGACAUGUUUUUUCAGAUUCACAUUGGAGCUUCCAGGACUCAGAAUAAAGCAAAUGAUUUUCUCAUUUCA